AUGUCUCGAAAUAUCUGCAUCACGGCCGUGGAAGGCCAGACGGGCUUCCUCAUAGCCGAACUGCUUCUGAAAGAGGGUAAAUUCGCCCGCCAAAUAAGCAGCCUUACCGGACUAGCAUUGGAUCCAUCCUCUCCUCGAGCUCAGGAACUCACCGAACUUGGCGGGAAAGUUGUGCACCAUCAACCAGGCCGAGAACGCGUUAUGGUCAAAGCCCUCAAGGAAAUUGCGUGCGAUACUAUCUGUUUAGUUCCACCCGCUCAUCGCGACAAAUUAGAUAUAACACUGGAACUCGCAAAUGCUGCCAAGAAAGCAGGCGUUUCCAACGUUCUUCUGAUUAGCUCUGCUGGCUGUGAUUAUGCCGACAGCAAGAAACAGCCUCGUUUGAGAGAGUUCAUUGACAUUGAAAGCGCGGUUCUUGCAACCAAGGGUGAUGCGGAGACUCCUCUCGGUCAUUCGCCCUGUGUCAUUCGUGCCGGAUUCUACGCAGAAAACUUGCUUCUCUAUUCAGAACAGGCCAAAGCUGACGGUGUGCUUCCACUGCCCAUUGGUGAAAGUCAUAAAUUCGCUCCUGUCGCUUUAGGCGACAUUGCUCAUGUGGCUGCACAUGUUCUUGCCGGCAAAGGCAAGCAUGGGUUCGAUGAUAAGCACCGAGGCCAGAUGAUGAUCGUCACAGGGCCUCAACUGUGUGCUGGGGAAGAGUUGGCCCAAGCAGCUAGUCAAGCGUUGGGGGCUCAAGUUGAGUUUGAGAACAUAUCCGAAAACGAAGCCAAGAGGGUGCUGGCCUCUCAAAGCGAGAGCGACGAAUCGGAGAAGGAAUUCAUCUUGGAGUAUUAUAGUCUGGUUCGUGAGGGCAAGACCAACUACAUUGCCACAACUGCCUUCCAUGAUGUUACAGGAGUACAUCCCACAGAGCCUAAUGAAUUCUUCAAGUCUUAUUCUGCUGAUUUUCGACCGCGGAAAAAGGCAAAACACUAA